UUACAUACAUUUCCAAUACUUGAUAUGUUUUCCAAAUAAAUUGUUUUAGUGAUUUUCUUAACAAAUAGCACUACUACAUGCCAGUAUAAUUGUAUCUGUACCUUAAAAGUGUCAGGUACCUUCUUUCUGAUAUUUAGCAGCAUUGUUAAGAUUUACCACUACUGUUGUACUAUAUAUUGAUGAAACAGUCAUCAAGAUGUCGGAAUUACUGCAAAUCUUGCUGAGUUUUUCUGAGCGUGCAGGAGAGAUAGCUCGGUCGAUUCGCAGAGAACCAAAACUUUUCUCUUUACUGGUAGAGGAGAAAGGAGAAACGGAGAAAAAUCAACGAUUUACUCAUGAUUUUAAAACGCUAGCUGAUGUUUUAAUACAAGAGGCUUUAAGGCAUCACAUUAAAACUAUGAUACCAUCACUGGAGGAUUAUGUCCAAGGGGAAGAAAGUGCAGAAUUCACUAACACACUUGGUGAAAAAAUUACAGUUAAGAUCUGUGAAACUGAGAAAGAAACAGCCAAUCUGCUUGCAAAGGUUCUUGAUGGGAAUGCAGAGGCUGCAGAGCUCUUGGCAGCUGUUGUUCAUUCAGAUAUAACUCUUCAACUCGAAACAGAGCUUGCGCCAAAAAUACCUGAAUUGCCAAUAAAUAAUUUAGGCAUUUGGAUAGAUCCCAUUGAUUCAACUGGGGAAUAUGUCAAUGGCAAAUCUGGCGUCUGUCAGGGAAAAGUAUACAAGAGUGGUCUACCAUGUGUUACAGUCCUCAUUGGUAUUUAUGAUCGUGUCAGUGGCUUGCCAGUGGGUGGAGUUGUUAACCAGCCCUUUAGUGUAUUUGAUGAGGAAAGCCAAAGAUGGCGUGGAAAAGCUUACUGGGGUGUAAGCCACAGUGGAGUAAAUGUCCACAACAUUCAGGUCUCAAGCUCCAGUUCAGAAAUUGAGAAGAAAGUGGUGGUAAUAUCAUCAAGUGAAAGCGUCAGCUUCCAAGAGAUGCUGAAGAAGAAGUUUGAUGUUGUCCAUGCAACAGGAGCAGGUUACAAACUACUAAGUGUAGCACUUGGUCAUGCUGUUGCUUACAUUUGUUCCAAGAAUUCAACAUUCCGCUGGGACACUGCUGCACCACAUGGCAUACUUUCAGCAGAGGGAGGUGGCGUAGUCAAGUACAAAGAAAUUUUGAAGAGAAAUUUAUCUCAGGAACCUUCCAGGGAGGAAUUACAAGCACUACAAGUAAAUUAUCAUAAGCCAAAUACUGCAUCUCCAAUAUGGUGUAAUGAAGGGGGAUUCAUUGCGUAUCGCAACCUAAGCAUAAUACCUGUAAUUCUUGAUUGCCUUAAAGAUACCUAAAUCUUGAUUUUUUAUUGUAGAACUUUAAAGACCUCUAGUAAACUAUUGAAAGUUAUAACAAUCAGAAUGACAUAGUAUUCCAUGAGAUUCAAGAUGAAUGUGUAUUUCAAGUGUAAAUUGUAUUUUUCUUUGGUAAUCAACUAAUUCAUGAAAAAAUAUUGAGUAACAAAAACACAAUUAUGUACCAUGUACUAAUCUUGUUUUUGGAAAAAUACAUGAGGUUCUCAGCAGCAAGACAAAGUAAAGUGCCAUUUUUAAAAAAUGGACACAAAUGCAUUCAAGGUUUUGCACACAGUGAACAGUAAUAACGACUUUCUUUUUAAUAUGUACGUUAUGAGGUUCACUUUUAUUCCAGUUAAAAGCUUAUCAAAAGACAGUAUGCAAUAUGCAUGCAACCACAGUUUUGGACAAAUCUAUGGAAUUUAUUUUAAAAGGCUUAGAAUAUUUUGCAAAGUUUGAAGUGAUAUUUUCAUAUUUCAAUGUUAAAAGAGGUUUUUUUUAUGAAAGUAUAUAGUCCAAACCUAACUUGGGUGCAAUGAAAACUCUUCUAAUGGUUAUCCAAAUAUAUAUAUUUUGGAAAAGGCAGGGGAUUUUGCAGACGAAAAGGUAGUGGCGAUUUUGCAGACUUCAAAUAGUAAUAACUUUGUUAUUGCUUGAGGUAGGAGACUAUAAUUUUUUGUCAAAGAUAGCUUAUAAAAGGAUACACAUAAUGCAGUAAAGAGAAAUAAGUUAGGAAAAAAAGUCUAUCAAGGGUAAAAGACAUUAUGAGGAAAUGCACCUAAUAUUUAGCAGACUUAAAACAAGUUAUAAUGCAAUAAACAUAAAUAAAUAUAUAAAAAAAUUUAAGGUUAAAGGAAAAGGCACUUCACAUUCUGCCGACUUUGAACAGUGAUAAACUUGUUAUUUUGAAGGGAGAAAGUAUUUUUUGUUUUAAAGGAAAGUAUAUUCGUUUGUUUAUUAUACAUGAAAUCAGACUUCAUGGAAUUUAAACUUUUGGUUUUAUGGUACUGUAUUUAAGAAUGGAAAGCAUAUUCUAUGCUUUGUAAACUUUUAAAGUGAAAAAUGUGUAAAUUUUAUUAUUGGAAGCCACAUACUUUUUAAUCUGAAAGGUUAUCAAAAUAAACUUAUUAGGCUAUCAUCAUUAAUGUACCUAUAAAGAAGACAAUUUGCAAUUAAGAAAACAGUGUUCUAUUACAUGAAAUUUUUUUUUCAUGUUCAGAAUUUUAAUACAGCCCAGUAAGAAUAAUGACAAACAAGACCAAGAAAAAUAGUGAUAGUAAUAGAAAUGCAAUGCUUAAUAAAUGAUUAACCCAUGCUUGAAACUGGUUUAUAGCCAAUCAAAGUAGUUAUAGUUUUAUGAAAAUAGUCAUGAUGCACUACUAGUCUACUAGUAAUAACCAAAAAUAAUAUGUACUAAUAAACAUUGAUUAAUCACUGCAGAAUCAUUGUAUUGAAGAUUUGUGUAUUCACUGAAUAUAACAGCUCUGUAAUAGUGGUAUCAAUGUUAAGGUCAUCAGCUGAAGGGUGAGUAAGGUAUGAACUUUUCCAACUUUGUCUCAUGUUAAACCAUAUAGCCUUGCCAAUUUCAACACAUGAAAGUACAUUUCAUGCUUUUCGCUACUUAUCUUGAUGAAAAAUAACCAAUAAUAUAAUGUAUAAAACACAUAAAACUGCAAAUACUAUAUUUUCAUGGAAGAAUCAGUGCCAUGAUGAGAAGGUAAAGGCCAGAGUAAAGGGAGGGUGUAAUUGUGUCCCAAAGAUACUGUGUGCUGAUUAGCUACAGGCACAGGAAUGCUGAUGUGCUUUUGGCUAACCCCACCAACAGCCCCACCCCCCAACAAUUUUCAUGCCACCACCUGUCCAGAAGGAUUUACACUUGUGCUUGGGUGGUCAUAAAGUUCAGGGUAAUGAUUGUUUUGUAUGGAGCUUUUACUUUAUUUGCAGUUCAACUUUUGAUGGGAACUUGUUUGAAUCUGUUAGAGGAAGGUUUAAAUAGUGAUAUAUGCAAAAAGGCAGUUACUGACUAGGGUGUAACUGCUUUGUUUUGCUUCUGAACAUCUCAUAUAAAUUACAUAAGCAAAAAUAUAAUAGUAAUAAUUUGUGAUUUCAUGUUAAGAAAGUCUGGUAACCCCCUGACUGCAUUUUGACUGAUGGAUAGCUAUACCAUACAGUAUAUGUACCACAUGCAUAAGUAUAAUACAGUAUUUGUGUAUUUUACAUUACACGGGUAUGUUGUCAUGAUGUAGUGAAAACUGUAUCCUGUGUUACUUACAAUGCUUAUUUGAAUAUCACUUCACCAGUUUUGAAACUUACAAUGCUUAUUUAAAUAUCUCUUCAUCUGUUUUGAAAUGCAUACAGAAGCAGCAUAUCUACUUACAUUAGAACAUUCCAUUAUUAAAGAAAAAAGUUGUGGAUUUACAUCCCAGCUAGAGCAGUUAAGUUUGCUUCUGGAGUCUCACUAAACUGGUGUGUUAGUAUAAAAAUAUACCCACUGCGUAUCCUUCAGCACCAUAUGUCACAUAUUUACCUUUGCUACUUAUCAAUUCAAAGUGUUUUGUUUCAUUGUAGUACUAAAGAAGCCUGGUCUCCCUGGCUUUGGUAGAAGAAUGGGUGUAUCAUCAAAGUUCAAUGUCUACUCAAAUCUCACCUAAGGCACACAAAAACCCGUAAAAUAAGAAUUACUAUACAGAACUGGAGGUUUGUUACUUUAACAAAUGCUUAUAAUAAAUUCUGUUAAGGAUAUUUCAUAUGUAGUUGUUAGUAAAAGUGUGCAAAAUUUUUUUUCAUGUACUUAUCUUUUACGUUGAAAGCAUACUGCCUCUGGAAAAAGAAGAAUGAAAAAUGUUUUACAUGAAAAAGGUUUCAUAUGGGAACAAGAUUAAUGUAUUUUGUUUCAUGGGUUUUACAAUUAAAAUUUGUUGUCAUUGAGUAAUGGCAUGACAGAAAACAUUAUAGUUAAAUGUUAAAUUCAAAGGUGAAUAAAAACCAUUCUUUUAGGUGCUUGAAACCAUUGUUGUAUUCAGAGAAUAUGUAGCCAAAAUACUGUUAGAGUUAUUUUGAUAUUAUAAAAACGUACCUUUAAUAUCAUUCCAUAAUAUUAACUUACUAAUAUACCUGCUAACUUAUGAUUUAGCAUGACAGUACCUUACCCUCCUAUUAGUCAUCUCAUUUACCUUUAAAUGUAUGUAUUAUUGCAAUAUAUAUGACUUUUUACAGGAAUUAUAGAAAUUUUGCUGUAAUUCAUAUGGCAGCAUCAUAAUCUCACUGAAAUUAAGUAUCUUAGUGAUAUAAUGUUUUGCAAAUGUUCUGUAAUGUUUUUUACAUUUUACUUUCUUGAUCUUUUGGAGAAUCUGAUGAUGUCUCAUGACAUCAUGAAAACAUGAUAAUUUCGUCCCUUGAGAUUGCAAUGACGUCAUCUGUGAUAAUAAAACAAAAAAUAAUCAUAAAUAUUUUGACUUUAGGUAUCACUAGGAUGAUGCCCUGAGAAUGUUAGGGGAUGUUUUAGCUCUAUUGAGGAUGUUCAGAGAGAAUUAUGAAACCAAUCCAAGAAAGGAAAUACUAACAAAAAUUCUUGCCUAUUUUUCAUCACUUUUCCUUAUGUUUGUGCAUGAAAUAACUAAUAAAUAGCAAUAAUAAAUCUGUAAUUGGGUUGGAAGUUUUAUCAUUUUGUAUCAUAUUGUAUCUAGUGCAACAAAAGAUUUUGUAAAUCUCUACUAUGUUUUUAAAAACAUUUACUAACAAAAGUUGAGAUUUUUCUUCUAGGUUAAUUUCAAUAUAGUAUCAUACUGACAAUAUAAUUAUGUUUAUACAGUAACUGUAAAAGAUACUUCAAUAUUAUCUGGCUUCAAAAUGAGCACUCCCAGCAUUAUAUAAUGGGAAAAAAGUUUACCGCAGGCAGUAAAAGAUAAUAAUAGAUUUUAAAGCUCAUAAGCCAUAAUUAAGAAAUGAGCAUGUUUAACAAAUAUGAGUUUUGGAUACCCCCAAAAUGUGAAAGGGUAAAAUAUGUUUUCCUUGUACCUGGAUAAUACACACAAAUAUCAUUGUAUGCAGCUGAAUAUUAGUAAGUCGCUAAUACAGUAGUACCUCGAGAUACGAAAGGCUCAACUUACGAAAAACUCGAGAUACGAAAGCUAACACGAAAAAUUUUACUGCUCUACAUACGAAAAGUUUUCAAGAUACGAAAGGUUUCUGAAAGUCCGAGAUUCGCCCCAUAACAAUUUUGAAACUCGCGCCGCACGCCGCCAUCUUAGUUAUAGUAGACUCGCCACCAUCCUCCUGCUCUCCCAUUGGUUCCUGAUGCUAGCCAAGCCAUGAGAUCCUUCUCUCUAAUUGGACAGCAUCCCUCCCAUCAUGCAUCUUCUAUACGUACGUGUUGGCGUGGCUUAGCUCGGCCACUCCGCACCCAAAACUUUACCGUACGCAAUCGGCAUUCGUUCGGUCCAACGAUUUUGUUUAGUAAUGUAAAUUCGUUAGUGAUUUCGUUGCAGUACAUAUUAUCGUGUUAUUCUACUUUAUCGUGUUGUGAGAACCUAAUUAGUAUACGUACUACAUACGUAACUUAAUUACGUACAGUACAUAGAGUCAUGGGUCCCAAGAAAGUUGCUGAAGUUCACAGAAAGAAGAGAAUGCUUUCUAUGGAGACAAAAAUGGAGAUAAUAAAAAAGUACGAAGCUGGCUUGCGGUUGAGUGUGAUCGCUAAGGAAUACGGCCGAAAUCCGUCGACGAUAGGCACCAUCCUUAAGCAGAAGGAAGCCAUCAAAGCAGCUACACCUUCCAAGGGCUUGACUAUUUUGUCCAAGAGGAGCCAUGUGCAUAAUGAAAUGGAAAGGCUGCUUCUUGUAUGGAUCGAGGACAAAGAAAUCGAUGGCGAUACGAUAACCGAGACGGCAAUCUGCCAGAAGGCCAGCGCUAUUUUCGGCGAUUUGAUUGCCCAAGCUGAAGACGACGGCGGAGAGGGGACAUCAACGGCAACCCCAGAGUUCAAGGCUUCUCAUGGGUGGUUCGAAAAAUUCCGUAAACGGACUGGCAUCCAUUCGGUGGUGAAGAAAUUGAAAUUACGUAAAGUAUAAAAAAGUAAAAAGAAAUUUAAAAAUCAAAAAAAGACAAAAUAAAUUUUAUUUUAAGUUUUUUGUAAAGUUAAGUGUUACAGUUUUGUUAAUGUGUUUUGUAAAGUUUAGUUUGUUUUUUCUGACAUUUUUUUAUGUGUUUCGUAAAGUUAAGUGUACGUAUCUGCCGUUUGUCCUCCUCCUCCUCUGCCGCCACUUUCAGAGAUAGCCUCACUCGAAAGGUAAGCUUCCACAUUUUACGUUACAGUAAUAAUAUUUCUUGUACACUAAUAUACACUUUAUUUACAGGUUUUGCAUUUUUAUUCUUAAUUUAGGUAUUGAAUGGUCCAAAUUGUUGUAGUAUUUCAUUGUUAAUAGGUCAAUUUAGCUUUAUUAUGAAAUUUAAUGGGGUGUUUUUGGAGGGCUUGGAACGGAUUAGCCAUUUUACAUGUUAAAUGUGUUCCAAGAUACGAAAAACUCAUGAUACGAAGGCCGCCUCGGAACGGAUUAAUUUCGUAUCUCGAGGUACCACUGUAUUUUUUAAAGAGAAUUUCAUGAGUACAAAUAGUGAAAAACAUUGUAGAAUUAUUUCAAUGUAGAACUGUUUAAUGUGAAAAUGCCGUCAGGAAUUAUAUUACAAUACUUUUCUUCACAGUGGGGGCAUGAAAAGAAAUUUUACAGAAAUAUACUUACAAUGUAAACUUACAUCCUUGAACUGAAAAUUUGCAAGGCAUCAUAGAAUGGAAAUUGCACAGUAUUUGUAUUUUUCUUCAUCAAGAUACACUUCAGACAUUCAAAAUUGUACAACUGCUUUACAUUCGUACUGUAUGAUUUACUUUUAAGAAUAUUCCUACAAUGGUGCAGAGUUAAUUUUGAAGUUUUAGCAUUUAGCCCAUAUUGUUACAUAACCAUUUUAUGUUUUAAACAUUGAAUGUUUACAUUCAUAAAUUUAAGUCUUCCAUUACUUUCUGAAGUCUUCAUUGUGUAGUUUCUGUGAAGAAUUAUUACUGUAUAGUUUCAUUGUGUAGUUUCUGUGAAGAAUUAUUACUGUAUAGUUUAACAAAGAUUUACAUUUACAUUCUAUAUGCUUCAUAAUAUAUGUACAUGAAUCCAGAUAGCUUUUGUUGUUGAGAUGGAUAACAUAAAUGUCUCAAAAUAUUAAAAGCUCUUAUAAAGUAGCUAGUCAUAAUAAAUCUCCAAAAGAAACCAUAAUUCUAGUCUGCUUUAGUAUAUAAAAUGAAAAACAUAGUCUGAAGACAUGACUUUACAUGAAGUACUGUAUACGUUUGAGAACCAAUACAAAAUAUUGCCGGAAAUUUUUUUUGGUGCUGAAGUUUUUUGAAUAAGGAAUCAUGAUGAACUUGCAUGGCCAGUAUGAAUUAAUAAUAUAAUCUUUGGUUUAAGGACUUGAAUUUAUACCAAACUUGAUUUUAAGCCCUGCAGUACUGUACUGAUAUUCACUGGGUAAACAGUUUCCAUGAGAAAAGUUUUAGUUACUUACUUCAUAUUAUUUGAUAAUGGCAUUUCCACAACAUCUCAAGUAAAAAAUAUGCUUCCAAAAUUUUCAGUAUUAAAGUGACAAUAUCUUCAAUAUUGUUCAAACUCUGAAUCAAAUGUUGAAAAAAUUUCAUUAAAACAAACUAAUAUGUAUUAACAUGGGAAUAGUUUUAUGCAUAAUUUGGAGUAAUUUUAUGUCAUGAUUGAACAGGAUAGCAAGAAUUACAAAAGAAAAUUAAACCACUGAUAUGAUGGAUAGUAAAAGUCAUGCCUUCAAGUGUAGAGCUAGGUUAAUGACUAAUUUAAAUUCCUAAAAAUAAAUUUGUGCUUGAUAGAAAGUGUACAGAUUUACCUUAUGGUAGUUUGUCAUAGCUUCUGGAGAAACAUACAGUACUGUACUGCAGUUCUAUUUAGGAUAUGUUUCAUUGUUUUAAUUGGCACUGUGUAAAGCUAAUGCAAGUGAGGAAGUCACAUCGGUUAGAAUCAAGGGCAGCUGGGUCGUGUGCCUCCCGUGUGCUGGGUUUGGCUGCCUUUCAGGUGUAAAUGCUAAAUUUGCACUGGAAAGCCUACAUCAUUAGAUACAUUAUGCCUUAGUUCUGUACCCAUAAGCCCAGUCAAGAUAAAUAACAUUAUUAUAUCAUGCCAUUAUUAUGAAAAUAUACUGGAGUUUCUUUCAAUUAAUAGUACUGUAUCCUGGUUAAAUUUUAUAUGGGCACUUCAUGAAAAGCAGCUUCUUGUUCUACCGUGUUGACUAAAAGGCAUAAAAACUUUUGGGAAAAUUGGCUUUCAAACAUAAUUUAGCGUAUAAUAUGGCACUUACCACACUACAAUCAUAUUGGCCAGUUCAACUGUAACAAUGUUACCUUUACUGUUCUUUAUCAUUGGUAGCAUUGUUGACAUUUCAUCUCUAAUGUACUUAAUUUAUCACAAAGCAUAUUUUAUUUACUUGUGUAACCAUACAUUGUUGUUAAAAGAAUCUCAAUUGUCCUUAGAUUGUUGUACCAAAGAAUGUAGCCUAAUGAAUGUAUUUUUUUCCAAAAGAAGAAUAUGGAAAUAUAUUUUUAAUGUUGGCCUCACUA